CGCACUCUGUCCCUACCGUUUUCCGGAAGUGUGAAUGCAGAAAAAAAUAAUAAUGGCAGCUCCAACAAAACCAUGGGAAAAACCUGGUGUCAACAGACAAGCUGAAGAGAAACCGCAUUCAACAUUCAUGUCAGCGUCUCCAUCCACACCAGUGUUAGGAACUUCAAUGUCUUCAGCUGCUCCAACAAUAGGUGGUGGUGAUGUCCCACCACCUGUGCCUAGCAGAUCCGCAUCUGUGGGUGGAUACUCUGGCUACAGCCCAGGAGGCUAUGGUGGUUACAGCAGCCCAUACAGCUCAGGCAUGUACAGCAGUCCUUACAGUAGCAUGUAUGGAGGAUACGGGUCAGGGAUGUAUGGGGGAUACUCUGGUUAUGGAGGAAUGGGAUAUAAUAGAUAUGGAUACGGACAAAAUAUGAAUGAGUACAAUUCUUUCUCUCGCAUGGCUGAAGAAAGUUCUAGGCCAGCUUUUCAGUCAAUAGAAAGUAUAGUUGGUGCAUUCUCCUCUGUCAGUAUGAUGUUAGACUCGACAUUUCAAGCAGUAUAUAAUUCAUUCAGAGCUGUGAUAGGAGUAGCAGACAACUUCAGUAGAAUGAGAAUUCAGUUUGCACAAGUGUUUUCAGCCUUUGCUGUAUUUAGAACACUUAGAUAUUUGUACAGGAAGUUAUUGGUAUUGUUACGACUGAGACCUCAGGGUUUUGCUGAAGAAGCUUGGGUAGAGGCAGGUGACACAGUUGCUCAGAAUGCCGCAGCCAGGGCUCCGGGAGGUGGCAAGAGUAGUUGGCCAGUGCUUAUGUUCUUUGCAAUCAUCCUGGGGGGACCAUACCUUAUAUGGAAAUUUCUGAGAGCAACAUUUGCAAACCCAGCUGAACAGGGCUGGGCCAAUGGAACAGAGGAUCACUUUGUUGCAAGAGCAUUGUAUGAUUUUAGAGGGGAAGGUACAGAUGAGUUAUCAUUUCAGGCAGGGGCAAAUCUUCAUGUAGCUCCAAAAGAACUUCAGCCGCGUAUGAAGGGUUGGUUGCUGGCAAGUAUUGAUGGAAAAACAGUGGGAAUUAUACCUGCCAAUUAUGUUAAAGUGUUAGGUAAAAGACGUGGUACAAAAGUUUCAAAUUAUCCGGUUCAAAAUGAACUGAAGACAUUCGAUGAACAUAGCAGAGGAAUUCCGAACAAACCAUUUUCAGAGACUGGUCCUAGUUCUUUCAUAACAAGUAAUACUAGUGAAAAUCAAAGUGGUCAGCCUUUAGUGCAGUCAGGAAGUGCUUUGAACUUGGAGAGACAGGCACAGGCGGGCUUUAAUGGUGACAUUAAUGUGCCAAAUAUGGACUCUGUAUACCAAAAUGAAACAAGUCCUUUGGAUUCUGUUCCAGAAUUAAAUGAACAAAAUGAUCCUGUGGACAAAUCAUGAGAUAAAAAUUGUGAUAUUUUGUAGUGGUAAGAUAUACUGUGAUUCCGACUGUAAUUCUUUGACAGCUGUUACUGGUGUAAUUUGAUGUAAUAGAAUUAUAAUGUAAACAGAAUGUGUGAACUUGAAAUUUGCAUUUUCUUAUGAGACAGAAUAAGCUAAAAGGAUUGUAAUGAUGAAUGCAAUUCAUUGUGUAUGUGCUUCCCCUGCCGAGAAUAAAACUUGAAAUCCAGAAUUGAAAGAUCAGAGUCACCUUAUAGCUCAUUUUAACAUGUUGGGUGAUCUGUUUUAAUAUUUUUAUAAACUGUAGAAUUGAAAGUUUUGAAUUUUGUAAAAUCAGGUAUGGAAUAUUUAAUUUUUUUCACUCACCUGAGCACAAAGUGUUAUGGUGAGCUAUUGUGAUCAUGCUGUGUCAGUCAUGUGUGGUUUCUUUAAAUGACAUCAUUUUCGAAACCAUGGAAUAGAUUUUGAUGAAAUUUUGCCUGUAUGUUUCUUGCAUGGUCUUCUUUCAAAAUUGUUCAAUUGGUUUCACUUGAUUGCAUAUAGGGACAGCCAGAGGUGAACAUAGAAAAAUCUUAAACGACAUCUCCUAAACCGCAGGUCAGAUUUCGUAAUAAUUUCAUACAUAUUGAUGGCUUAGGGCAAUGCUGGUCUAAGUGAUAUUUUUUCAAAAUCAUUUUAUAAAUAAAGUCUGUGAAAAUAUUUGGGAAAAUUUAUCAGAUUAUCAUAGUGAAUCAGUAACUACUUUUAUAAUAGUUUCCCUUAUAGCUAACUAUUCAUUUUUUUAUUCAUUCGACUAUGCUAAAUAGUGUUUCAAAUACCUUUUUCACUGUCUAUUCCUCCAUUUAUUCUCUGCAACAGAGCCUUACUUCCUGUCAUCAUGUGCUCGAUAACAGCCUUCUUACAGGGGAACAGUUGAAGUGUCAAAGGCAUUAAUGGAUAGAAGGCAAUUGAACAUUAACUUUUGAUUUCAUUACAGUCAACUAUGAUAAUAUUGCAUACCUGUGCUGAUUUAUUCUUACACUAAUAUUAUAUCAGUGAUAAGCCUCAUACAGUCUUUUUUAUGAAUAAUAAAAGCAACCUAACCUUUUUAGCUCACCUGUCACAUAGUGACAGGGUGAGCUUUUGUGAUCGCCCUUUGUCUGUCCACAAUUCCUUUGUGAACACGAUAGAGACCACAUUUUGUAUUUGAUUUUAAUCAAACUUGCACACAACUUGUAUGGGCAUAAUAUCUCGGUUCCUUUCGAAAACUGGCCAGAUGCCAUCAUGGGUUCCAGAGUUAUGGCCCCUUAAAGGGCCAAAAUUUGCUAUUUUUGGCUUGUGAACACGAUAGUGACAACAUUUUGCAAUCAACUUUAAUCAAACUUGCACACAACUUGUAUUGGCAUAAUGUCUCGGUUCCUUUGAAAACUUGCAAAAUAUCUUCAACAACAAUAAAUCUUGGAUUCCAUGAUGAAUCUGUCAGAUCCAAUCAUAGGUUCCGGAGUUAUGGCCCCUAAUUGACCCCUAAAAGAGCCAAAGUUUGAUAAUUUUUACCUUGUGAACACGAUAGAAGUGACAUUUUAUAUUUGAGUUUAAUCACACUUACACCCAACUUAAUUCACAAUAAAAUCUUGGUUCAUUUCGAACACCGGCUAGAUUCCAUUAUGGGUUCUAGAGUUACUGCCCCUGAAAGGAGCAAAAUUUUCUAUUUUGGCCUUUUCAGCCAUAUAGAGGUUUCAUUUAUGCUUUGAUUUGAUAUAAACUUGCACAGAAUGAUUGUCUUGAUGAUCUCUAGGCCUGGAUCGGAACUAGCUCAUGUUGGGUCAAAAACUAGGUCAUCAGGUCAAAUAAAAGGAAAAGCUUGUAAACAACUUAGAGGCCCCAUUUAUGACCCUAUCUUCAUGAAACUUGGUCAGAAUGUCCUAGGCCAAGUUUGAAACUGGGUCAUAUGGGGUCAGAAACUAGGACAUAAGGUCAAAUCAAAGGAAAAGCAUGUUAAAUCUCUUGUUCAUUUGAUGUGCAUGAAACUUGGUCAGAAUGUUUGUCUGCAUGGAAUAUCUAUUAAUUUUCAUCUGGGACAUGUGGGGUCAAAAACUAGGUCACCAGGUCAAAUCAAAGAAUAAACUUGUUUACACCCUAGGGCGCACAUUUUUUAUUCUAUCUUCAUAAAUUUUGCUCAAUGUUUAUCAUGAAGUCUUGGACAAGUUCGUAUCUGGGUCAUGUGAGGUAAAAAAAACUAGGUCACUAGGUCAAAUCAAAGGAAAUGCUUCUUUACACUCAAGAUGCCACGUUUUUUGGUCCAAUCUUACUGAAAAUUGGUAAGAGUAUUUGUUUCCAUGUAAUCACUAGGUGAAACAUGUUUACACUGUUAUGGUGUGUUACACAGGUGAACUACCAAGGGCCCUCUUAUUUAUAUUGUAGAAGUUUCAAAUCAAUUUUCUGUUUAAUUCUGCCAUGUCAGAAGUCUUAGUUCAGAAUCAUAUGCCAGUGUUCAGUUUAUAAUUCAUAGAGCAAAAAUCUGCAGUGAAAUACUCGUAAUGUUAUCAGUAAAUAAUAACAGGCCUUGCCUUUGGUGUUAUUGUACAUUUUCUUGAUUUCUUGUACAGUCCUAUUACACAGUGUUUUGCCGCGCCUACAAAGAAAAAUAUAAUCAAAUUUGACUGGAACAAGUAAUAUUAACUUUUAAAAUGAAUAUUUUUACAAACUGUUUAGUACACUGUAUGUAGGUGAUCAUGUGUUUGUUGAAUUGUGAUGCAACACCGAUGAUAUCCCUCUCUUACAUUGUAGCCAUUGCUAUUAUUUAGCAGAUAAUAUGUCCAAAGACUUUGAGCUCAUUACUCCCAUGUCAUUUACAUGCUUUACUGCUGUAACACUAUCAGAUUGCAACUCUAUGUUAGUAUCUGUACAAUCACAGUUUAGGCCAUACCAAAUUGAUUAAUAGUUCUUCAGAAAAUUUUCAAAAAAUAUAGGAGCGGGCGAGCGAAAUUUUUAUUUUAUUUUUUUUUUCUCAAUUUUGAUUUUUUCAGAGGCGGGUAGAUUUUACAGGGAGCGAGCGGGCUUUUUUUAUUUUUUUUCCCCAGCUUGAACCCUUGAGGAGGCGGUUAUGAUUAUAUAUAAAGUUAACAUUUCCUUAGAAAUGACACAGAAAUCAAAUAUUUACAGUGUGGGUAACACAGUAUAUAGCUUUUCUAUAUGUUUUAAAGACUACAUGAAUGAUUUUGCAAAUAAAUUCCUGCCAGAACUCACUGAA